AUGGACAUCACAGGCUACGCAGCCAUCUCGGGCGCAGGGUCCGGCAUCGGACGUGCCACGGCAAUGACCUUUGCGCGCGAGGGAGCGGCAGGGAUCGCGAUGCUGGACAUCAGUGGCCCAGCACUCGAGAGGGCGCGAAGAGACGUCGAGGGCGCCGCCACCAACCCGGCGUUCAGGGGCGUGCUCACGUUCGAGGUCGACGUACGGGACGAGGCUGGGGUCGACUCGGCUAUCGCGUCGACGCACCAGAAGUUCGGCCGCAUCGACUACCUGGUCAACUGCGCGGGCAUCGCCUUCAAGCACCGGGGCACCGCCGCCGCAGAGACCAAGGACUGGCAGCGCGUGCUCGACAUCAAUCUGACCGGCACUUUUUUCGCGCUCAGGGCCUGUGCGCGCAUCAUGCUGCAGCAGGAUCCCAUCAAAUCGGCCAUUGACGGCAGGCCGCUUCAACGCGGGUCCAUCGUCAACAUCUCCAGCGUGCUGGGUCAUGUCGGCGUCACCAACAGCGUGGCCUACUGCGCCAGCAAACACGGGGUGAUCGGGCUGACCAAGAAUGCCAGCGAAGACCACGCGGCCCAGGGGCUUCGAAUCAACGCCGUGUGUCCUGGCUUCAUUGAGACUCCCCUGACGGCGAGCACGCCCGAGAUCAUCCAGACAUUCAAAGACAAAACCGAGGUUUGGACGCCCAUGAAGCGGCCGGGCCAACCUCAGGAGAUUGCAGAUGUGUGUGUAUGGCUGGCAGGUGGCCGGAGCAGCUUCGUGACGGGGACCAGUAUCUGUGCCGACGGAGGGUAUCUAGCUCGAUGA